AUGGAUAAUCAUCGUUUACGUGCUAUGAUAUUGAAAUUACAAGAUCGUCUUAGUAAUGAUGAUCGAAAACGUUUACAUUUCUAUCUUGGUAAUGAUGUACCACGACGAAUUCGAGAUGAUCCAACACUUGGUGGAACACUUAGUCUUAUGGAUUCUCUUUUCGAUCAAGAUAAAGUAAACGAAAAAGAUUUUACUUUUCUUAUAAAUGCAUUUGAUGAAAUUCAAUGUAUUGAUGCUGUGAAAUUAUUACGAGAACAUUGGAGACACAACCAAUCAGAUGCACAUAAUCAAUCAGUUGAAAGUUUAUCGAUGAUAUUGCCACCAGUGAUAAAUCAACUUUUUGAAGAUCUAGAUGAAGAUAAAUAUCCUAUGCAACAACUUCUUGUUAAUCAGAAAAAUACUUGUGGUAAUAACAAUAUAAUGAUCAAUAGUAAUAAUACAAAUAUUAAUCAAAUACCAAUAAUGAACUGUGAUGAAAAACCACAGCAUCCAGAAUUCAAAAAGAAACAAUUAUUAAAAUCUAAAAAGAUACUGUGGAAAUGUUUAUUACUAUUUGUAUUAUUAUCGAUUAUUGGAUAUGGAAUAUUAGCAUUCUUUUCUAUUCGGAAUUUCGCUGAUAUUCGUCAGUUGAAAACAUCGAAUAAUCAAUCUAAUAAAACGAUUCAACAAUUGAAGGAUAAAGUGGAACAACUAGAAAAACUAAUGCCGACUUGUACGGAUGGUGUUAAGAAUCAAGAUGAAAGUGAUGUCGAUUGCGGUGGUGCAAUUUGCUCGAAGAAAUGUUUACCUCAGCAAGGUUGUACGUCAAGCUCAGACUGUGCACGUAAAAACUGUGAUACAAAGAGCAAGAAAUGUCUAAAUCAUACAUUUGAAGAUGAAUUCAAUCAAGACGGCGGGGUAGAUAUGAGUAAAUGGAAACUCGACGUUGGGGGUAAUGGCUGGGGAAAUGAAGAAGAGCAGUAUUACACUGAUAAUUAUCGGAAGAAUGCAUGGUGUGAAAAUGGGCAGUUGAUCAUUGAAGCACGAAAGGAAAACUAUAAAAACAAGCGGUUUACAUCCGCAAGAUUGAUAAGUAAACAAGCUUUUCUUUAUGGACGACUACAAAUACCUGAGAACCAGACUUAUGGAAAUACUAUGUGGCCAGACAAUGGUGCAAUUUAUUUGAUGGCACACCUUGGACAUGACUGGACAACAGUUACUGCUGGCAUUGCUACAAAGUCGAGCAAUCACCAAUGGCACGCGGUUGAAGUCAGUAAUGCAACAAUAGAAUAUAUGAUUUAUACGCUUCAAUGGGAACCAGACAAAAUGGAAAUGUUUGUCGGUUCCAAUGAAAAACAAGCACUUCUGACACGUAUCUUCGUUUGGGAAAAGAGUAAUACAGAUUGGACACAAUGGCCAUUUGAUAAACCGUUCCGUAUACAUAUGAAUCUCGCCAUUGGUGGAAGCGCAGUUGGUAAACACGGUAUUGAUGAGGGAGCCUUUCCUCAAAGAAUGGAAAUCGAUUGGGUUCGUUUCGAUGAACAAUAG